AGCACACUUCUGCUUCUGCAGAAACCAGCUGCAUUUUCCCUUUGAAGCGGAGCAGCGCCCGCAGGGCCAUCGGGGCCGCCCGGGACAUGGCCCAGAGCGUGGUCUAUGCCGACCUGAAGUUUGCCGCGGGCCCAUCCAUCGUCGCCGAUGAGGAUGACAGUCCCUACGAGAACGUGCCGCUGGGCCCGCUGGCAGCAGAGCCCAGCCCAGGGCGCUGGAUCCGGCCAUGGCGCGUCCCCACAGCGCUGCUGGCAGCCAGCCUGCUCCUGCUGCUGCUGCUGCUGGUGGCCGUCGUGGCCCUGGGGGCUGGCUACUGGCAGGUUUCCCGCAGCCUGCAGGACACCUCGCGUGAGCACAUGGCCGAGCAGGGCCGCCUGUCACAGGAGCUGAGGGCACGGGAGCAGAGCCUGGAGCAGACACAAGUGGAGCUAGCAUGGGCCAGAGAAGAGCUGCAGCGAGUGUGGCAUGAGUACAACAUCACCGAGAUGGAGCUGGAAAGCAGGAAUGUUGAGCUGGGGCAUACCCAGCAGAAGCUGGUUGUGUUGCAGAAGGAGAUGCAGGAGGUGCAGGGGAGGCUCAACAUCAGCGAGAGUACUGUGAGCAGCCUGCGCUCCUGCGUGAACACAGAUUGCUGUCCCACGGGCUGGGUACUCUACAGGAGCAAGUGUCUCUACAUCUCAGUGACAAACAAGACCUGGGAGGACAGCCAGGAAGACUGCACAAGGAGAUCUGCUCAACUGCUGGUCCAGGACGACUUGCCAUCAUUGAUAGCACCGCAAUUCGUGCAUGAGUCUAAUGCAAACUACUGGAUUGGAACAAGAAUUUUUUAUGAAACAAAGAGAUCUGUGUGGGCAGACAGCAGAUACCCCUUGAGACGCCGUAAUUCAGACUGCUGGUCAGUACUUAACAAGGAAAUGUGGAGUUACUCAUGUGCGCGUCGAUUCCCGUGGAUAUGCGAGAAAUCCCCAAAGCUGACCAGUGCAUCUGAGACCCGACCUCCUUUUCUGGCCAAGGACUGACUUCUGCCACCCCCCUCCAUCACUGGACUCAGGAACAGGACCUGGGGGUGCACCCUGAGAUCCUGUCCCCUGUGCAAAUUUUGCCUCAAUUGCAUUGCAAAACUGCUGGGAAAAGGUGUGUCUAUUUUAAAGCAAGGAUUAUGGAAAACAGACCUUAUUCCCCUCUCCCGCACUCAUGCAUACACAUAGUAUACUGCUUUGUACUGUGCCACUGCAUGUCCCUGUGUGCCCUGGCCAGUGCAGCUCUGACCCGGGUCUCCAUCGCAGAACCCAGCUUCCUCCUUCUUUGUUACCCCAAGGCUGCCAGGGGUGCAGGAUCUGCCAUUUGCAUCUUUUUGGAGCUGGGGGAUGACACACUGAUGUAGUCAACCUGUCCAUUCUGGGGAAACCUGUGGAUUAACAGCCUGUCCCUUCUCUCAGCAUUGACAGCUCUCAUCCUGCCCUUUCUUCUACCUUCAUCACCUGCCCAGGGCUUUGGGCUGAGUCCUGCCUGGGAAGGGUGCUGACAGUCAUGCCUUCAGCAUGAGAAAAUGCUGGGAAGCCCUGAGAUGCUAUAGGAAAUGGGGUAGUGCUGGGGAGCUUUGAGAACAGAGUAGA